AUGCUGGCGUUUUCCGUACCAUCUAAACCUAAAGAUGCACGAGCAAUCUUGGAUCUUCCGGUUUAUUAUAGGCGUUUUAUCAAAAAUUACGCUGAGAUUGCUGAACCUCUUUUUGAAUCGAUCAGAGAAAAACAUAAUCCUGUUUUUGUAUUCACUUCUGAUCGACAGCGGGCCUUUGAACUAUUAAAAGAACGCCUUAUUUCCGCACCAAUUGCCACAUAUCCGAAUUUUGAUCAUCCAUUUAUGCUUCAGUUGGAUGCAUGUGACUAUGGACUCGGUGCCGUUCUUGCUCAAAAUACUGAAGGCAAUGAACAUGUCAUAGACUAUGCCAGCAAGACCCUGCAGCCUUGUGAAAGAAAAUAUUCUGCACCUGAACGUGAAUGUUUAGGCAUCGUCUAG